UAGGGUCUUGUAGCACAAAGAAUGAAAUAUAUUGAUUCAAGCUAUCAAUUCAUAAUCAGAAAAUUAGUCCCUUAAUAUGAUUUGGAUUUCACAAAAUACAGGGUAAUUCCUCAGCAAACACCUCUUGAAUUUGAUGUUAGAGAAAUAGAGCAUUAUUUAGUGAGCUCUAGAUGCUCCUCCAAAUUUAUUUAGAUACAGAAGAAAACAACACCACCAGCCCACAUGUAACGAAAUACCAUUUUCAGCUUCUGCUUGCCCACCAACUUCUUAGCUCUUAAUUAAAAUCAUAUAAGUAAGUAAGGCUUUCCUAAAUAUUACUUUCGUUUCAACCAUUUCUUGAUAACCUUAAAAGGAAAGACAAAAUUGGUUUCAAUUGGGUGCUUGAAAUUAGAAACUUUUAUCUGUGCGUAUGACUUUUGCACAAAGUUUUCAGCUUUUGAGUCUUGAACUCUUCUGAUAAGCCUUUUCUGUGUACUAAUUAUUGUUGGCGGUUCAAAGAAGAGAGAGAGAGAGAGAGCGAGAGAGAAUGCUGUAAAGAAAUCUCAAUCUGGGUUUGCGGAUUUGCAAUAAAUAAAUAGAUUAUGGCCAUGGAGAUUAUCGUUUCUGUGGUACUGUUGUUUGUGGGUAUUGCUGUUUUAGUAGCGAUUCAUGUUUGUAUAGUAGGGAGAGCUUUCAGGAGAGGAUAUGAGACUGGUCAGGAAAUUGGUCCAGGAAGUUUCAGCAGCAGCAGAUAUGGAAUCAAAAAGAUCUCAAACGAGGAAUUGAAGAAUCUCCCUUGCUUUGAUUACAAGGCAGCAGAGAAAGAAGGGAGUAGCUCUUCGGAUUGCGUAGUUUGCUUAGAGAACUUCAAUGUAGGUGAUAAAUGCAAGUUAUUGCCAAAUUGCAAGCACAGCUUUCACUCUCAAUGCAUAGAUUCUUGGUUGGUGAAGACUCCUAUUUGUCCAAUCUGCCGAACAAUUGUUAAUACUCCAAAGAUACAUUACAUUACCAACUGCGCCAUUGAAGACUUGCAGACAGACGAAUAUUUGAUCAUCUGUUUGAAUGCCGUUCAGGUGGGUGUCCUAUUUAAGGUGUCAUUAUGUUGUUAAACUAGUUAAUUACAUUACCAAUUUAUUGAUCAUAAGGCUUCUAAACAAGGUACUGUAUGGAAGAGGGCAAGUUACUCCUAGACAAACGUGCUGAACUCGGGACGAUGUGCUUUCUUGUCUUGUAUUACUUUACGCAUGCUAUCCAGGGUGGUUUUUGUUGUCUUCUUGCUUCUUUUUUCUCCAUGCUAAAGUAGUCUGUCUUGUCUGAUCAUUGCUGGAUUUUAGGGAAUAUGAUCACAAACCAACCUAGGAUUUCUCGUUAUGCAAGAGUGCUGUAUGAAGCAGGACAAUCACCUUGGGAUAAAAUCCGCUGUUCGUAGAACUUAAUCUCUGGUGUCAUCAGUUUCUCAUCAUUAUCGACUUACCACUGUUGUUUGUUCCUCGUAAAAUUCACCAGCUUUUUGUAAUUUGAUCUCUAAGCUACGGAAACACAAUUUCCUAACCAAGAUGCGGUACCGCAGGACAUAGAAUGCUUGAUUUGAGAUACUAGGAGAUGUCAGGCAAAUUUAAGCAGGAGGGUUUGGCUGAAGUGCCUCAGUACCAUCUAGGGCUUGCUCGAGCCCUCGACUCUUUCCAAUGCAGCACUUGCUUUCCCCUAAAGAGGAAAGUGGAAUACUGGUUGUUUACAUGAAAAUGAAAUUUAAUUCUAUUGUAUAGCAUGCAAGAA